GUGGCUCGUGCUUUGAGUUACCAUGGUGACACACCCACCAGCAUAAAAGUAGGCGUCCGCCUGCUUGUGUCGCUCCGUUAAGAAGAGACCGGAAUUUAUCCCGCGACACCAUCGGAAAGAGCUCCAACCAAUGCCUCUGAACUUCUCUGAAUUCAACCGGAGCGUCUCUGCCUUCACCUCCAAGUUGACCCCAGCUGCUGACAUAUGUGUUGGGCUCACCAUCCUCUCUGUCGUUCUGCUCUCUGUUCUGGGCAAUGGGCUGGUUCUGGUGAUUUGCUACCGCAGGAGGAAGAAGAUGGUGGGCUCAGAGCUGCUGUGUGUCAACCUGGCCGUGGUCGACUUCCUCUGCUGCAUCUGUUUCUACCCGCUCUCCAUCCUCUCCUCCUUUAACCAUGUGUGGCUCGGAGAGAACGUAACAUGUGUCUACUACGGCCUUGGCUGCUUUAUUUUCGGCCUUUGUGGCAUGUUCACCAUCACUGCCAUCAGUGUCACCCACUACCUGAAGACUUGCUACAGCUUGGUUUACGCUGUGUGGCUGGAGGGAACAAACCUACGGAUAGCUUGCUGUUCCAUUUGGUUCGUUGCCACGGUGUGGUCCAGCUUCCCGCUGUUUGGAUGGGGCGAGUACGUCCCUGAGCCUUAUGGACUGUCCUGCACCAUUGCCUGGAAGGGCUAUCAUACCUCAGCCAAGGAUGCCUUUUAUGUCAUCUGCUCCUUCGUCUGUUUUACACUGGUUCCUGUCCUCUUCAUUGCGGUGUCCCAGUGUCUGAUCCUCUACAAGGUGUCUCGCUUUUCCAACUCACUGUCCGCUAAAGGGAUCCGCAACAACCUGAGGAACACGGAGAAACGACUCUCUUUGAUGUUUUUCUGCAUCAGCCUGGGCUUUGUGAUUGCAUGGGCUCCAUACGCCGUUGUCUCCUUCCUUUUCAUUUUCCACAAGGAGGGCUGGUACAUGGCUCCUGAAGGCUUCGUCUUCCCUGCCCUCUUUGCCAAAAGCUCUCACAUUUACAACCCGUUCAUCUACUUCUACUUCAACAAAACUUUUCAAAAAGAGCUCCGCAGCCUGCUCUUUGCUUUGUGGCCCAAACUGGGAGGGAAUCGUGUGGGAGUUCAAGUUGGGGCAACGGGCGAACAAGUCCCUUUUCCCAUCCACAUUCAGCUCCAGGAGAGACACUGCAUGAAAAUGACCACUUUGUCUCAGGAUAAAACUCAGAGCAAGAUCAGGACAAAGAGCAAGAGCAGAGGCAGAGCGACAAGCAGCAGUCACCAUUACCAUGGCAGGCAAGUGUACACCUGCUGGGGGUCCUCGUCCAAGAAUGUUUCCACCUUCUUGGGUAAAAAGUCUGUCAAAGACCCCCUUCCUGUCUCUAUAUGA